GGGAACAGAUAGGAGAAGACUCACACAAAAUACCAUGGAUUUCCUGCAACUUACUUCCACUUCCAUAGCAAUUUCAACCUAUUUAUCAUCCUUCCCUUUAUACAUGCUCAUUGCAGUGGCUACAAUAAUCGUAAUCGGAAUCCGACUCCUUAGUUGCAAUCCUAAGAACUGGAAGAAUUCCCCACCAGGACCUUCUGGAUGGCCAAUACUUGGGAGCCUUCCUCAACUCCUCAACAAACGCCUUCAUGAGGAGUUCCUUGAUCUGUCCAAAAUUCAUGGCCCACUCUUUAGCCUGAAAUUAGGUUUAAAGCCAGCCAUCGUGAUAUCGUCACCGGAAAUGGUGUCUAAAACCCUAAGGCAGCAUGAGGCUGUUUUCUCCAGUCGUACAGUCACGGAGGCCAUCCGUGUCAUUACGUAUGAUACCGCAUCCAUUGUAUAUGCUGCCAUGGCUAGUCCACGGUGGAGAGUAAUUAGAAAAAUCUUGACGGAAGAGCUCUUCUCUCGGAAGGCCUUUGAGGAUUUUGAACCAGUUCGCAAGCAACAGGUUCAUGGCGGGUUGCUCAAGCAUCUCUACUCAACUUCAUUGUCAAAGAAUUCAGUGAACAUUGCAGAGGUGGCCUUCGUGGCCUCGGGCAACAUUGUGAGUAACACAGUAUGCAGUAAGAGCCUUUUUGAUAGCACAAAAAAGCAAGGGAGGGAGCUAAAGCAUACAUUCUGGGAGUUAAUGCAAAUUCUUGGCUCAGUAAACGUUACUGAUCUCCUCCCAAUAUUCAAGCCGUUUGAUCCUCAAGGCCUGAAACGGAGAAUAUUAAAGAUCUUUUGGAGAAUGGAUGCCUUUUAUGAAAAUAUUAUCAAGGAGAGGCUCGAAGAACGGGAGACGGGAAACAAUAUUGGGAAGCACAAAUUGGACUUGUUAGAUGUGUUAUUGGAUUAUAGAAGUGACAAAGAAGACGAAUUAAAAAGGUUAUCCAGAAAUAACAUCAAGGCCAUGCUUGCAGAAAUGUUCAUCGCAGGCACAGAGACCACCUCAAGCACUGUGGAAUGGGGUAUGACAGAGAUCUUAAGAAACCCUAAUGUAUACAAGAAAGUUCUUAUGGAGUUGGACCAAGUGGUUGGGAAUGAUCGGUUUGUCGAAGAGAGAGACAUCUCCAAUCUACCUUACCUCCAAGCAGCAGUGAAAGAAGUUUUCCGACUCCACCCAGCCGUCCCCCUGAUCGUUCCUCGUAGAACAAAUGAGGCGUGUGAGGUUUCCGGUUAUCACAUUCCAAAGGACUGUAUUGUGUUCGUGAAUGUUUGGGGGAUGGCAAGGGAUCACACUAUCUGGGAAGAACCAUGCGAGUUUAAACCAGAAAGGUUUAUUGGGUCAAGCGUCGAUGUCAAGGGACAAGAUUUUAACCUAAUGCCAUUCGGGACUGGGAAAAGAAUUUGUGUCGGAAUGCCGCUUGGUCAACGCAUGGUCCACUUUUACUUGGCAGCAUUGCUUCAUGCUUUUGAGUGGGAAUGUUCUUUGGAGAUAUUGGACAGCUUAGAAGAGAAAGUGGGGCUUACGAUUGAGAAAGGAAAGAGCCUUGUUGGCAUUCCUAAACCUAGAUUGUCACCCUCUGUUUACCUGCAGUGAUUUUUCUGAAUAUUGUAAUAUUUCUUUUCGGGCUAGAUCCGUACCUCGCAUAGCUCUUUAGGGUCUUUCUUGUCGAGCAAAGUUUGUUGCUUAGUGUGCUGCAAUGUGAGUUUGCUAUUAGUUUGAAUGGUGCCUUUAUGGGGCCUUUGUUAGGCCUUGAGGCUCACAAUAAAAAAUAAUAUAGAUCUGAGCAUGCCAAUGUUACCUUUGUAUAAUAGAUUGUUCUUUUUUUUUUCUUUUGAUUUUUUAACUGGGUUGAUUAUUUGCGCCACAA